AUGAAUAUGGACAUCAAGAUCGGUUCGCCGGUCGCGGAUUCCGAAGAUCGCGAUUCUGCCGAUAUCACAGAGCAUUCGGAAACCAUGGACUCUGGCAGGACAAAUGGUGAUGCCAAAGAGAACCGGAAAUCCACCAACGCCAAGGACCCCUCGCGACCGCGUCGGAAAAAAGCCCGACGAGCUUGCUUUGCCUGCCAGCGAGCCCAUUUGACUUGUGGGGACGAACGACCUUGCCAACGCUGUAUCAAGCGUGGCCUGCAGGAUGCAUGCCACGAUGGGGUUCGGAAAAAGGCUAAGUACCUCCACGAUGCCCCAGACGGAGCACUGAUGCCCGGCGUGGGUGGGAACUUUCCCACUUAUAACAAUGGCAUGCGCAAUUCCCUCCCGGUGUCCAGAAAUGGCCCCAACGCGGGAGCGAACACGCCGCAACAGCAACCGACCAACAACAGCAACAAUGCCGGCAAUUUCUACCCCACGCCCCAGCCACAGUCGCAGCCCCAGGCUCAGUCGGGCUCUUACAAUAUGUAUCAUCAAGAUACCCUGAGCCAAAGUCCUUUUACCACCCAAUCCCCCGUCUCACCUACCUUCAACCUCAAGACCAGCGCCAAUGGUCGUAAUUCAAGUCUAUCCUCCACCGUUAACCAACAACCUACCCCCAACACAGCGAUCUCUGGCGAAACUGGGAAUCCACAAAAUCCCUUUGCGGGGCCCUUCUUCGACCCCAGUGACCCCGCUUUGUUUAAUUUUGACCUGUCGAGUAUGAAUUUCGAGAAUCGCUAUGGUGCCCUCGAAUUCGGCAUGCUCGGCCAUAUGGCGACGGGAGCGGGUGAUUCGCCCGACUCAGCGACGCAGCGAGGGUCGAUCGGCCGCAGUGGGUCUGCACAGUUCUCCACGCCAGCUCCCGGGUUUGGCGAAAGUCCGGGGAAUCAGCCGCCGUUCAUGUUUGGUGAUCCUAUACUGAAUGAGUGGUCCUCGAGUCAGGCCUCGGGCCAACCGUCGCAUGUGAAUGUCGGCGGGGUGUAUGGCCAGAAUGGCAUGUUGCCCGGACACAUGAAAGCAGAUCCACCACAUGGGUUUGCGAUCGAGAGCGGUCCUACAAGCUUCACCAGUCCCGGAUCAGCGACCAGUCCACAUGUGACGGCGACGUCUGGGUUUGCUGGAGAAGAUACAUCCUUCAAUGUGACCAAACAGAAUAACAACAAUCUUGCACCAAAUGGUCAGCGACCGCUGAUCACCACGCCAAGCUUGAAGCAUCAGGCUUUACAUGUUCCGCCUAAGCGACGUCAUCGAAAUCCAUCUUCCAUCUACGAAAGCGUCAAAGAGCCCUACGCUUAUACCAGUGGCUUCCAUAAUCUCACAGCGUUUAUCCAACGCCGAUUCACCCCACAAAAAACCGUCCGCAUCGCCAAGGCACUCGCAUCAAUCCGCCCUUCCUUCAUCGCAACCACCAAAACACUCAACCGAGACGACCUCAUCUUUAUGGAGAAAUGCUUCCAGCGCACACUGUGGGAAUACGAGGAUUUCAUCAACGCCUGUGGCACACCCACAAUAGUCUGCCGACGUACCGGCGAAAUCGCCGCCGUAGGCAAAGAAUUCAGCAUCCUAACAGGCUGGAAAAAGGACGUGCUCCUGGGCAAAGAAGCCAAUCUCAACGUCAACACGGGGGGAACCGGACAACCCACAUCUGGCACAUCAUCCCGGGGCAGUUUCACACCGCGCGGUUCAGUCGAGAACACAGGCGGACGACCGCAACCAGUAUUUCUGGCCGAAUUACUUGACGACGACAGCGUUGUGGAGUUCUAUGAGGACUUUGCUCGGUUAGCGUUUGGAGAUUCGCGUGGUAGUGUGAUGACAGGGUGCAAGUUGCUCAAAUAUAAGACCAAGGAUGAUAUGGAGGCUGCGCAGCAGGAUGAUGGGAAAUGGGGUAAUGGCCAUUUGAGGAAAGGGGGUAUUGCGGGCGAGGCGGGGAUGAAUAAGUUGGGAUUUAAGGAUGGGAAGGUCGAAUGCGCGUACUGCUGGACAGUCAAGCGAGAUGUUUUUGAUAUUCCGAUGCUUAUCGUUAUGAACUUCCUGCCUUGCAUUUGA